UAGGGUGUAGUGAUUUACAAAAUAAUCCAGUCUCUGAAACGCUCUGUAAAAGCGUCUGAACGUCUGAUACAAAAUGCAAAAUACUUGCACUAAGUUUUUAUCCAAAUCAUUUAUAUUUAUUCAAACCCGAUCAGUAAAAACCUACCGUAAAAAACCAAAGCCAGCAUUCCUUGACAAGCUCCGAAUAUUUGUACGAGGUGGUGCAGGUGGCCAGGGGCACCCGAAAUAUGCUGGUCUUGGCGGAAAGGGAGGGGAUGUCAUUAUUCGGGCAGUCAAAAGAGUUCAGUUUAAAGAUCUCAUUGAGGUAAACCCUACAAAGAGGUACACAGCAGCAAGUGGUGCUAAUAGCUCGAAGAAGUUAUUGUUAGGUCCUCCUGGAGAAGACCAAAUUAUACCUGUACCAGUCGGUGUCACCGUAACAACUGAUACAGGACGUGUUAUAGGAGACCUGAAUGAAGAGGGGCAAGAAGUUAUUGCUGCAAGAGGAGGUGAAGCUGGGGGUCCAGAGAACAAUUUCAAUGGCAAGAAAGGAGAAGCCCAUUCUGUAACAUUAGAUUUAAAAUUGAUAGCAGAUAUUGGAUUGGUAGGAUUUCCAAAUGCAGGAAAGUCAACAUUUUUGUCAGCCAUAUCAAGAGCCACUCCAAAAAUUGCUGAUUAUCCAUUUACCACUAUCAGACCACAGAUAGGUAUCAUGGAAUACCCGGACUUUAGACAGAUCACCAUUGCUGACCUGCCAGGACUGAUUGAGGGAGCUCAUGUAAACUUUGGUAUGGGACAUAAGUUCUUGAAGCAUGUAGAGAGAACCAAGAUGCUGCUGUUUAUGGUGGAUAUUAAUGGAUUUCAACUUAGUACACAGUACGAAUACAGAACAGCUUUUGAAACUAUUUUACUGCUUAAUAAGGAGCUGGAGUUGUUUAACAUGGACCUCUUAAAGAAGCCAGCAGUGUUAGCAUUAAACAAGAUAGACACAGAUGAAGAUGGAACAAGAACUGACGCCAUUGUUGAUCAGAUUAUGAAUUUACCAGAUUCCUUGUCUGAGGUAGACGAGUCACUACACCCUGAAACUUUGAUAAAGUUUGAUGAAAUUUACAAGAUUUCUACUAUGUUUGAUCAAAAUACAUUAACUAUGAAAGACAGAUUGCGAAAAUUGUUAGAUAUAUACAGUUAUCGUGAAGAUGAGCAGAAGACUGUUGUGGAAAAUAACAGACUUGCAAAACAAGAACGUGUUUUAGGAGUGGAACAAAACAGAAAUAAAAUUGUGUGAUAUUUUUA